CGAGGUGGUUUUUUCUCUCUCUCACCUCCCCCUCUCCGAGACCGUCUCUCUCUUCCUCUUUCGGCGCCUGAACGCAAGCCGACCAACGGCGACCACCUCAGCAAUCACCCACGAUCCCACGCCCCCCACCUGACACACCCGCGCGCACCUCCCGUGCCCCGAGGUCGCGCGAAAUCCCCGCCCUACCCCUGCCGUCCCGCCAUGGCUGUAAUUUCCCGCGGUCCCGCCGCCACCGUGUGCCGUCCGGUCUCCGGACCCCGGUGGUGUGUCGCCUGCGCUACGACGCGGCAGGCCGUCUUUAUCCCAGCCGCCCAGCCGCCCGUCUCCGAACCCAAACCCGACCGACCUCGCUUUCGCCGGUUACCCGGUCAAACGCAUCCAACGGCGGCACGUCUCCGAUCCGGUCACCACGAUGCCUGCCCCCGCCGGUCAGGUCACCCACCGCAUCACGCGCGACGCGCGUGCCGUCCUCGGCCGGCGCCCCACCCCUCCCUCGCCGUGUCCUUUUAUUCCACCCCCGCACCCCGGCCUCGCCUCACCGCCCCCCAAUUCACGCCACCACGACUUCCGUGCGCCUGUCCUAAGGCUAGGGUUCGGUGUGAGAUCUGAUUCUGGGCAGAGGAGGAGGAUAUGGAGGUGAAGGAGAUGGCGUUGGCUGCAGCCGCCGCGGCCGCGGCGGGUGGAGGAGGAGGCAAGCUGCCGCCUCCCAACCCUAACCUGCCCUACAGGGAGGACUGCUGGAGCGACGGGGAAACGGCGGCGCUCGUGGCCGCCUGGGGUAGCCGCUACAUCGAGCUCAACCGCGGCAACCUGCGCCAGAAGCAGUGGCAGGAGGUGGCCAACGCGGUCAACUCGCGCCGCGGGGCCUCCGCGCGCCGCCGCCCGCCGCGCACCAACGUGCAGUGCAAGAACCGCGUCGACACCCUCAAGAAGAAGUACAAGGCCGAGCGCACCCGCAACGCGCCGUCCGCCUGGUCCUUCUUCCACGAGCUCGACCGCCUCGUCGGCCCCAGCCUCAGCGCCUCCGCCUCGAAGAGGCCCUCGCUGUCGCCGGCUCCUCAAUUCGCCAUGCCCUUCCAUCCCCCCGCCGCGAGGAAGCCUCCAUCGCCUUCACCGUCCCCACCUCCGCCUAUGGCUCUGCCGCUGCCCAACUACCGACGUGGGUCUCCACUCCCUGCUGCUGCCUUCAUCCAGAAGGAAGCUGCAGCAGCGGCAGCUCCAGUGUCUGAUUCGGAGGACUCUGAUGAUGCCGGCGGUAACAAUAAUAACUACUCGAAUCAAUCACCUUUGCGCUCUGUGUCAUCGCUCUUUGGCAAUAACAAGAAGCGUAACAGACAUGAGGCUGGCAGUAGCGAUAGAGGUUUCAGGGAGCUAGCAAAGGCGAUCGAGGCUUUUGCGGAGAUGUACGAGCACGUGGAGAGUGCUAAGCAAAAGCAUGCAUUGGAGAUGGAGAGGCAGCGAAUCGACUUCCUGAAGCAGCUGGAGGUUAAACGUAUGGAGAAUUUCGUUGAUGCCCAUGUGAAGCUCGCGAGGGCAAAGCGCACAAAGAAGACGGCAGGGGGUGCUGCUCAUGGUGGUGGUGCAGUGAAGUUGGUUGCCACAGUUGCUGCACUACCUUUCGUCUCCACCUCCACCUUCCUCUGACGGCGAGGAAUGGUUUAGAUCCUCUGGCAAUCUCGUGGGAUGUCGUUCUCUCCAGUGAAGGCCUGCUUGGUAGUGAACAAUCCUGCGGCCCUUGGGAUAAUUUAGUCCGAGCUCUUCUGGCUGAAGGAAAUUGCAGUUUGUAAUCUAGUAUAUGAAGAUUAAUUGAGUAUUAGAAAUUCUUAGUGUAAAGCCAUGUUGACAUUAUUAUUCCCUGCUGUUUACCUAAUUGUUUUAUUGACAAUGUAGCUCUGAGCGUAUGACAUUGUCAAAAAAAUGUUCUGGUGGUAAGUAGUGUCGCAAUCUUUUUUUAUUGUUUAGAUUAUUUUGAAUCAUUUAGGUUUGAGUAAAUUGAAAUUAAUUCGAGCGUGACUUGAGAUA